AUGGACCGGACCGUGGUGCUCAUUACCGGCUGUUCCUCCGGCAUUGGCCUACACCUGGCCCUGCAUCUGGCGUCCGACCCGUCCCAGAACUUCAAAGUGUAUGCCACGUUGAGGGACCUGACGGCGCAGGGCCCACUGUGGGAGGCCGCCCGGUCCCGAGGGUGCCCUCCCGGCUCCCUGGAGACGUUGCAGCUAGACGUGAGGGACGCCGAUUCCAUAGCCGCUGCCCGGGCACGCGUGACCGAGGGCCGCGUCGACGUGCUGGUAUGUAACGCAGGCCGGGGCCUGGUGGGGCCGCUGGAGGCACACAAGGAAGGCACCGUGGACUCAGUGCUGGACGUGAACCUGACCGGGACGGUACGGAUGCUUCAGGCUUUCCUGCCAGACAUGAAGCGUCGCCGCUCGGGACGCAUAUUGGUGACCGGGAGCAUGGGAGGCUUAAUGGCGCUUCCCUUCAACGCCGUUUACUGCGCCAGCAAGUUCGCAAUCGAGGGUUUGUGCGAGAGUCUGGCGAUUCUGCUGCAGCCCUUCGGGGUCCACUUGAGCAUCGUCGAGUGCGGCCCGGUGCACACCGCCUUCCCCGAAAAGCUGGAGGGCGGUCUGGGCGGGAUGCUGGACCUCGCGGACGCCGAGACCCGCGACCUCUUCUCCCGCUACGUGCGCCACUGCGAGCAGACCUUCCUUGAGGCGGGUCAGGACCCAGAGGAGGUGACCGAGGUCUUCCUCCAGGCGCUGCGCGCCCCGCGCCCGGCCCUGCGCUACUUCACCACCGAGCGCUUCCUGCCCCUGAUAAAGCUGCGCUUCUCCGACCCCAGCGGCUGCACUUACGUCGCUGCUGCACGCGAGGCAGUGUUCGGCGACCAGGCCGCCGAGGGCUCCGACGGCGCCGCCGGGGCGGAGGCCGGAGCCGGAAAACUGGGGGCACCUGAGCUCUGA